AUGGCGAUGGAACGAAGCGUGCAGCUCGGGGGCGCCUGCAGUGGGUGCGGCUCCCGCAGCCGGCAGCCUCGGUCUCGGGGCACGCUGAUCGGGGACAUGGGCGUGUGGGCCAGCCGCUUUUGGCGGCACAUGUUCGGCUCAGACACGGAGAGCAAAAUAGUGAUCGUCGGGCUGAACAACGCAGGUAAGACCACGAUCCUGUACAAACUGCACCUGGGGCAGGUUAUUACCACGCAACCCACCAUCGGCAGCAACGUGGAGGAAGUGAAGCACGAGAACGUGUCUUUUCAGGUAUGGGACCUGGGCGGGCAGGAGUCCCUGCGCGCAAACUGGUCGACGUAUUUUGAGGAGACUGAUGCGAUCAUCUUCGUGGUAGACAGCAGCGACCAAGACAACAUGGUCCUCGCCAAGAUGGAGCUCUUCAACGUCGUACUGCAUGAAGACCUCAAGCACGCUGCGCUCCUGGUGCUGGCCAACAAACAGGACACCCAGACGGCCCGCAACGCUGGCGAGAUCGCCCAGGACCUCUCGCUGCACACGAUCCGCACGCACGAGUGGCACAUCCAGGGCUGCUGCGCGCUGACCGGCGACGGGCUGCACGAGGGCCUAAGCUGGGUCGCUGCGCGCGUGAAGGCCAAGCACCAGCGCACCGCCGCUGCCCUGAACGCGGCCGCCUCGGCGACCCAGGCGCCGCCGCCUGGUGGCUGA